UAGUGAGCGCCGACAGGGACCCGCGCCGCGCUGCUCCGGCACCGGCGAGUGGCCCAAGCCCAGAGCGCGCCUGCUGGAAGCCAAGGGUGGGCGCCCCUCCCCGAGCGCGCCCGGACCCCGCGGAUUGAACAGAAACUGCUCCACUGCCGCGGCCCCGCCGGGCGAGCGGCCGCGAGCUGUUCCCGGAGGGAGCGCGUGCGGAAGGCCGGAGGGCAGGAAGUCGGGCUUCUGCAGCGAGGGUGGCGCGACCGCGCGGGGACCGAGUCUUCCUUAUUUAUGUGUCAGCCAGCGCUCGCCUUCUUCCUCCGAAGACUUCAGGGAGAGCUCCGGGCUGCCAUCCCCGCGUGUGAGGCACAGAAGCGUCGGGUGUCAGAACAACAUGAUUAUGCAUUAAACUCCAAACUUUUCUUUUUUUAACCCAAAGAAUAUCGGUGAUUUUUGUCCACUGCUAGGAGAAGAAGAGAGAGCCCAGGGCUCUUGAAAUGCAGCAAAACCCUUAUUUAUAAACAGGCCGCGGUAGUGAUAUGCAGCCCCCCUACACUCUGUGAGUUUUCUAUCCUAUGGAUAUCCGUCUUGAGAUUUAGAUUGGAGAGCAGCGCUGUGUGCACUGGGUCCGGCAGCAUCCAUCCUUUCAAUGCCUGGUUUUCUCUGGGACUGCUGGCCUUGCCUGGAGAUCAGAGCGGUCCUGUGUGCCAUGGGCUGUAUUCAGAGCAUCGGAGGCAAAGCCAGAGUCUUCCGGGAAGGGAUCACGGUGAUUGAUGUUAAAGCCUCUAUCGACCCCGUCCCCACCAGCAUUGACGAGUCCUCCAGCGUGGUGCUCCGCUAUCGGACGCCCCACUUCCGGGCCUCGGCCCAGGUGGUCAUGCCGCCCAUUCCCAAGAAGGAGACGUGGAUCGUUGGCUGGAUUCAGGCGUGCAGUCACAUGGAGUUCUACAACCAGUAUGGCGAGCAGGGCAUGUCCAGCUGGGAGCUCCCCGACCUCCAGGAGGGCAAGAUCGAGGCCAUCAGCGACUCAGACGGGGUGAACUACCCCUGGUACGGCAACACCACGGAGACGUGCACCAUCGUGGGCCCCACCAAGAGAGACUCCAAAUUCAUCAUCAGCAUGAAUGACAACUUUUAUCCCAGUGUCACGUGGGCUGUGCCGGUCAGUGAGAGCAACGUGGCCAAACUGACCAACAUCUACCGGGACCAGAGCUUCAUCACGUGGCUGGUGGCCACCAACACCUCGACCAACGACAUGAUCGUCCUGCAGACGCUGCACUGGCGCAUGCAGCUCAGCAUCGACGUGAACCCCCACCGGCCCCUGGGCCAGCGUGCGCGGCUACGGGAGCCCAUCGCCCAGGACCAGCCCAAAAUCCUGAGCAAGAACGAGCCCAUCCCGCCCAGCGCUCUGGUCAAGCCCAAUGCCAACGAUGCCCAGGUCCUCAUGUGGCGCCCCAAGUACGGGCAGCCACUGGUGGUGAUCCCACCCAAGCACCGGUAACGGUCAGGGUGACCCGCUAGAUUAGACUCACAAAUAAUAAUACUGCUCAGAACAAAACCCAAACGUGCUCUGCAGUCAUUCAGCAAAAUACAACCAUCCUACCUUCUCAGCGGGCGGCUCUCACUGUGCUCAUGCCCCGGGCUGGCCUCGCGCAGAGGGGAAGACCCCCGCGGGACUGACAGACCCCCGCGUGCGCCCUCCAGGGCCACCUCUGGUCCCCCAUCCUUUCCUUUUCUCACAGAUUCCCCGAGACACUGGUAUUCCAGUUCUUUUUUUAAAUCCCUCUUUACGAGGUUCAGGGCGGGAGGAGGAGGAGCUGGCUACUCGGGAGGCCUGGCUGCCACUGCCGUGUCCAUGUUUGCACGGUGGGGGUCUGUCGCCGGUCAGCCUCCCACACUGCUCCCUCAUCCUCCGUCAUGAGGCCUUACGUAGACUUGCUUUGCCAAACUUUUGCCUUAAGCUGAAUUCAAAGGAAGAAGGAGACACAGAAAAGCAGGAUCUCUUCUGCGGGACUUUCCAUCUGCCGCGAGCGCAGGGAGGGGCGGGUAGGGCAUCCCCUGAGCCCGCCCGCUCCUCUUGGGAGAAGGGGGAGGAUGGAGAUUCAGACCUGAGACCAGCUGCUUACUCUUUCCUUUCAGCAGAAACAAAACCACAGGCAGACUCUGCCCAACAGCCCCUUCUGUCCACCCCCGGGUAGAGCCCCCCCCCCCCGCCCCGUGGAGAGGCGCUGUGAGCUCUGGGGGGGGGCAGGUCUGCCAGUGGCCUCCUCUUUUUUGCUUUUCUUUUCUCCGCAGCCUUAACUUGCCCUGGGCGGCUCUAGGAGGAGGGAUGGAGAGUCCUGUGCGUCCCGGCUGGGCCCAGGGGAUGUUCACCCUCUCUGCCCUCAGGACCUGCCCACGGAUGGGUCCCUGGACCAUCCUCUAAGUGUGUGGCAUUCCCACUUCCAUCCACACUGGUCCCAAGUGCGGGGGCCAGCCCUCAAGAAAGGCAUGCACAUCCCUCCCUGCACAGCAUUUUCAGACUUGAACUGGUGGCCCCAGCGCCCUUGGCUGGCUGUCCUCUAGCACACUGCAGAGGAGCCAGGACAGGGCUCAUUCUCAGGGGCUGCUGCUCCCAGGCUCUCCUGGGUGGGGUGGGGGCUUUGGACAGGCUCUCAGUACCGGUGAUGAGGCAGAGGACAGCUGCAGAAGGCCUGGGGGCCGAGGCGUCCCUGAUCCGGGAAGUCUGGGGGGCAGUCAGCCCACCCUCUGCUUCAUGUCCUUAAAGGAAUAAGCGCAGGCCCAGGGCUGGGAGGGUUGAGUGGGCCUGGGGAGAGGUGUCACAGCCACUCUGGAGGCUGGUCUGGCACAGUGACAGCGUCAGGUGAGGACAGAUAUCAGGUGGCCAGUCCCCAGGACCCACCUUCCCGCUGGAGCCACAGGACUUCCUUGGUCCUGAGCAAUGUCUGCCUGGAGGCUGCCCGCAGCUCUGCCCGGGGCCACCGCUGCCAGCUUGCCAAACCCCAGCCCCACCCCAGGCUGCGCUCAUACUAAUAAUAUUCAAGCACAGAACACCGUCGGAUAAGAAAAAUACCCCAUUUCUGCUGCAGAUGAGCCACUUGUAGGAGUCUCAGUGACAACGUGGGAGGGUGUGGGUGCCUGAAUCCUCGCCCUGCUCCUGCGUCCACGUGAUGUAUUUAUUCAAGGGGUGCUUAACGUCCAGUCAGCCUCUGCCAGCUAGUCUCGGAGCCCAGCUCCUGCCGGAGGCCGGCUGGUGCGGUGCUUAGGGGCCCUUGGUGGGGCUGGGACCUCCCCCGCCAGAAACUGCAGGUUCCUGUUUGUGAGGAUGGAGGCCGCGCCACCCAGAGAAGCAGCAUUGAGUGGCGGAACCACGGGGUCCCUGCUGUACCUCCGAGGGCAGGCUGGGGAGGGGCCGGCCUGGGACUUGGCCUCCUGCCUGGGGAGAGGUCCCCAUACAACUCAGGUCUUUGUUGCACUAGAGGAGCCGGGGCCCUGUCAGGGGUCAGGAAGGGGUUUGUCGUGCUGGGCUGGGGCAUCACAAAGGCGUUCCUACUGGAGGUGGAGCUGGGGAGCACAGGCAGGGGUCCUGAGCUGCUCUGGAGCCAAGGGGCCCCAAACCUGCAUUUCUUGAGUGUGAACAAACAUUGAGGCAGAGGCCAGAGCCCCACCGCCCACUCCCGUGCGGGCCCCCAGCCCACCUGCUCCCUGGCUGACUUCCACCCCACAUGCCUCAGGCUGCAGGUCCGGCCAAGCACGCUUGGCUCUGCUUGGGUCUGGUCCCUCAGCCUCUGUCCUCAUGUGGGGGCGCAGACCCUGGCCUCCUGCCUGCCCUGGUCUCUGACGCUCCCCCCAGCCCCCCAUGGCACGGACACUCACUCCUUCCAGCAAUAAGAAUCGUCCUCGGCCGUGGAGAGUACUGUGAAAACAAACCAAUGCACUUACCAGGAGGCACAAGACUCUUAACGAAAAUGUAAAAUAAACCUUUUUUUAAGAAAAAACCCACAAAUAUUCAUAAAGAAAUAAAACUUAAUUUUAAAGUA